GAAAUGAAAGCCACAUUAGUUAUAGAAUCUCAUACCACAACAGGCUCUUCAUCGGCUUCUGGUCUGUGUCUUGCACUAUACCUCUUCCGCUUCAGUUUCGGUUUUUUAAACUCCCAGAGUCCCAAUCCCCACUCCGCUCCAAACACCCAAGACCCAAAUAAGUGAACAACUCUCCGAAUCAACCCGCAGCGCGAGCAAGAGUAACUGCGACAAUGGGCAGGGGCGGCGCUCUUAGCGACAGCGUCGUCAGGAAGGCGUUUCUGGCCUACGCAUACGUCUUGAUCUGGAUCACCCUGAGCUUCACGGUUAUCGUCUACAACAAGUAUAUCCUCGACAAGAAGAUGUACAACUGGCCCUACCCAAUCUCCCUCACCAUGAUCCACAUGGCCUUCAGCUCCUCCCUCGCAUUCCUCCUCGUCCGCGUCCUCCGCCUCGUCGAGCCUGUCUCCAUGUCCCGCGAGCUCUAUAUCUCCUCCGUCGUCCCCAUCGGCGCCCUCUACGCCCUCUCCCUCUGGCUCUCCAACUCCGCCUACAUCUACCUCUCCGUCUCCUUCAUACAAAUGCUCAAGGCUCUCAUGCCCGUCGCCGUCUACUCCAUCGGCAUCCUCUUCAAGAAAGAUCCCUUCAAGUCCGACACCAUGGUCAACAUGGUCUCCAUCUCCCUCGGCGUUGCCAUCGCCGCCUACGGUGAAGCCAGAUUCGACUCCUGGGGCGUCUUUCUCCAAUUGGGUGCCGUGGCUUUCGAGGCCACCAGGCUCGUCAUGAUCCAAAUCUUACUCACCUCCAAAGGAAUUAGCCUGAACCCCAUUACCUCCUUGUACUACGUCGCGCCCUGCUGCUUUGCUUUCCUCUCCCUGCCGUGGAUCUUCGUUGAGUACCCGGUGUUGAAGGAGUCCUCUAGCUUCCAUUUCGAUUUCGUGAUCUUCGGGACCAAUUCUUUGUGUGCAUUCGCCCUGAAUCUCGCGGUGUUUUUGCUGGUGGGAAAGACGUCGGCUUUGACCAUGAAUGUCGCCGGUGUGGUAAAGGACUGGUUGUUGAUCGCGUUUUCAUGGUCCGUCAUUAAGGACACAGUGACACCCAUUAAUUUGUUUGGGUAUUUCGUUGCGUUCUUGGGCGUUGCCUAUUACAACCACUCGAAACUGCAGGCUCUGAAGGCGGCGGAGGCGCAGAAGAAGGCUGCGCAGGCCGAUGAGGAGUCUGGAAGGUUGUUGGAAGAAAGGGAAGGAGACGGACUGGGAAGGAAGAACGAAUCGCAGGAUUAGGCUUACUAGGAGUUCUAGCAAUUUUUAAUUUAAGGAAAAGAAAAAUAUGGAAAUAAGAAGAAAGGAAUGAAUUUGGGGCUUUUGGUCUGCUAGCUUGGGUUGUCUUCUUUAGCAAUGUUUAGGAAUUUGAGAUUCGAUCUAAUGCUUAGCGCCAUUCCUGUAGCUUAGUUGAGUAAGAAUCUCAAAUGCUCUCUGUUUUCAGUGUUUUUUUUUUUUUUCCUUUCUGAAUUAUGUUUGUGUAGGAGCUCGUUCUUAUAAA